AUGUCUCAAUCCUUUUGGUAUCAUGCUUGGCGACCAUGUGGAACGCUAGCUCCUUUGAUUCCUUUUGUGAACAUUUCUGAUUCUCACUUGAAGUUAGAAGAUGUCUGGCACCAUGGCCAUUGGCGGUGGGAUAUUCUUUGCACAAUGAUUUCGGAAGAAGUUAAACUUGAUUUGAUGCUCUUUGAUCCUAUCAAGCAGGCAGGAGAUAAAACAGGUUGGUUUUGGACAAACUCAAAUACUCUCACCUACUCGACUAAAAGCGGGUAUGAAUGGCUGUUGAAGAAGAAAUUUGGCUGGAAUGAUAAUGAAAAUUGGCUUUGCCUUUGGCGCUUGAGAAUACCGGAGAAGAUAAAGUGUCUGCUCUGGCUUUGCCUUAACAACGGAGUUCCGACAGCUAGUUACCGGUUUCAAAGAGCGGCCUUUUGGUGGAUUUGGAGGGAUAGGAACAAUGACAUCUUCCACCAAGAUGAUCCAUGGAGUAAGGAGAAAAUUGUUCACUUAGUUAAACAUGCUGCUCGAGAUUUCUCUAAUGUUGUUAUCAACCAAAAACAUAUUAUUCCUUCUUCUUUGAAAUAUAACUGGGAACCACCUCCAAUGAAUUUCUGUAAAGUGAACUGCGAUGCAAGCGUUUUUGAAAAUGAGCAAUUAGCUGGCUUUGGAUGUAUUAUUAGAGACAGCAUGGGAAUUUGGAUAAAAGGUUGUUCUGCUAGUAUACCUCUUUCUAGUGUUCUCUGUUGUGAGCUUCAUGCUAUUUGGAGAGGGCUUGUUAUGGCUUGGGAUUGCGAGUGCAAAGAGGUCAUAUGUGAAACUGAUAAUCUUGAUGCGUUUCUUCUUGUUUCGCGAGGCACAACUAGCAUGAUUAGGAAUGACUCUGGUCUGCUUGACAAAAUCAAAGAGAUGCUCCAGCGCAAUUGGACAGCUACUUUAGUGCUCAUCCAGCGAACAGCAAACAGAGCGGCUAAUUUAAUGGCUAAGACUGUUGUUUUAAACAAGCAGGUGUAUCUAGAGUGGUUACUACCUCCUAAUAAUUUAGACAUUAUUAUUAGAGAGGAGUACUACUCUUUUUCUUAG